UUUAAUUUAAUUUAUAAUUUAUUAGAUAUAUAAGUCUCAGUCUCAGUCGCUCUCGUAGUUAUCUCUCUUCUUGGGUUUUUCUUCUUCUUCUUCUUCAUUUUGUCUCCCAGUUUUAGCAAUUUCAAGCUCUUCGACAAUGGUGGAUCUUCAAACUGUUUGUUGCAUGUGCGGCGACGUUGGUUUCCCUGACAAGCUCUUUCGCUGUAACAAAUGCCGCAACCGCAUUCAACAUUCGUAUUGCAGUAACUACUACAGCGAAUAUGCUGAGCCAAUUGAGAUGUGUGAUUGGUGCCAAAGUGAACAAAGAAGCUCAAGACAUGGAAGCUCUUCCAAGAAAUCUUCCACCGCAUAUGAAACGGGUGUCUCAAACCGAUCCGAUUAUUCCGGUGAGAGAAUCAAGCAACAAGAUCGUGAAGAGAGCGCCGACAAGGGUAAGAAUCCGAGUGGUACGCCUUCUCCACGCCCUACUACGCGCAGGUACAAGCUUCUCAAGGAUGUCAUGUGUUAAAAUAACUACCGUUCGUAUCAAAAACUCUUGGUGUUUAUAGUCGUAACUAGUCAGUGUUUAAUAUAAGUUGCUUUUAUGUUAAGCUGUUGUGUUGUGUUUCUUAGUAAACUGUUAAUAAAAUAAUGUAACUUUAUCAAUCCAUCGAUUGCAAGCUAGCACAAACGUUUUGGAUCCUUGCUCAUUAUUUCUUU